CUCUCUCUCUGUCGCUCUCCCACUGCGAUGCCUCCUCCGACCUGCAGGAACUCCGACCCCAAAAGCCUGAGGCUGGACUGGAGGUUCGUCAAGAGAUUCUACAGAAUUGUACGAGUGCUUUUCCCGAGCUGGCGCAGUCGGAAUGUGGUCAUGUACGUAAUGCUGCUUGGAGUCACGCUUUUAGUUCAGCUGGUGAUUUACCAGGUGGGUCUGAUCCCGAGUCAGUUCUACGGCGUGCUGUCGGAGAAGAACUUCGGGCAGUUUAAGAAGCUGGUGGCGUUCUCCAUCCUGCUCAUCCUGCUCAACGCUGUGCUGAAGAGUGUGGAGCAGUACAUCAGUAACCUCCUGUACGUGGGCUGGAGGAAAUGUCUGACGCAGAGCCUCCAUCAGGAUUACUUCAGCGGGCAGAUCUACUACACCCUCAACGUGCUCCAGAGCGACACCGACAACCCAGACCAGAGGAUGACUCAGGACGCUGAGAGGUUGUGUAAGCAGUUGAGCAGCAUGGCGAGUCGGCUGGUCAUUUCCCCGUUCACCAUCUCCUACUACUCCUACCAGGUCUUUAACAUAACCGGAUGGAUCGGGUUCGUCAGUAUCCUCGGGUACUUCCUGGUCGGCACUGUUGCUAACAAGUUCCUGAUCGGACCAGUCGUGUCUACGUUGGUGGAACAGGAAAAGCUGGAGGGAAACUUCAGAUUCAAGCACAUGCAGAUCAGAGUCAAUGCAGAAUCGGCAGCUUUCUACAGAGCAGGGAUGGUGGAACACGCCCGGACGAACCACAGACUUCAGAGUCUCUUGGACACGCAGAGGAAGCUGAUAAACAGGGAGCUCCUGCUCUACCUUGGAGUAAACACUUUUGACUAUAUGGGAAGCAUCCUCAGCUACAUCAUCAUCGCCAUACCCAUCUUUGCGGGUGUGUAUGAUGACUUGACCCCGGGCGAGAUCACCACUGUCAUCAGCAAGAAUGCCUUUGUGUGCAUGUACCUGAUUAAUUGUUUCACGCAGCUCAUAGAUCUUUCCACGACCCUCUCCGAUGUUGCAGGUUACGCCCACAGAAUCGGAGAGCUACAGGAAGUGAUGACGGACAUCAACAGGAAGCAGGGUGAUCCAGACUGUGUUCCUGCGGAGACCGGCAGCUCCGACAGGGGAGGAGAAACCUUCAUCACGUCCAGCUCUGCUGCAAUCGUACUGGACAAGGUGUCCUUUACGUCUCCGUUCUCCAAGGAUCUGCUGGUGAGGGAGUUGAGUCUCAGGGUUUAUGAAGGUACACACGUCCUGGUGGUGGGGAACACGGGCACGGGGAAAACGUCUCUCCUCAGGGUCCUCCACCAUCUCUGGGAACCGUGUAGUGGUUCGGUUCAGAUGAACACGUGCUUUGGGCCAAGGGGAAUAGUGUUCCUGCCUCAGAAACCCUUCCUGACUGACGGCACCCUUCGAGAACAGGUGAUCUUCCCUUUAAAGGACAUCUACCCAGUUUCAGGUACUCUUGAUGAUGAGAGAAUUUUGCGAUACCUGGAACUGGUUGGGAUGUCCAGUCUCCUGAAGAGGACGGGCGGUCUGGAUGGGAAAGUGGACUGGAACUGGUAUGACGUUUUAUCCCCAGGAGAGAUGCAGAGGCUGUGCUUUGCUAGGCUUUUCUACCUGCAGCCGAAAUACGCAGUGCUGGAUGAAGCCACGUGCGCUCUGACGGAAGAAGCCGAGGAGCAGAUGUACAAAGCUUGUAAACAGCUCGGCAUGACUCUGAUCAGCCUCGGUCACCGCAGCAGCCUGACGAAGUAUCACGACGUCAUGCUGAGGCUGUGUGGAGACGGUCAGUGGGAACUCGCUCAGCUGGAUACAAGACGAUGAAUCUCCAGGAAAACAAGACAUUCCCCUAAUUGUACUCAAGGAAAAGAAGUGAGAUGCUGUAUUUCAAUUUACGGGAAAAAAACCCCAACAUUUUUCCUUUUUUUUCACCAGAAACGUUUGAUAUCAGGUGAGAAACUUCGAGCUGGACCCGAGAUGUUCCGGUUUUCUAGAAAUGACAGCACUGGUCUGGCCUUUCAGGGAAAUUUUUUCAACUGUGGUCUAAAGGCAUUUUAUAAGUGAUUGUUUAGAAUACUAUAACUACUUGUAAUUAAAUGUAUGUAUGAUUUAAAUAUUUAUUUUGCUUACAAUUCAACGUUUAACACAUUAAGCCAGCGUAGUCCACUCUCUCGUCAGCACUUAAUAAAAUCUAAAGAAUAUUUUCCAGAAACGACAAACAAAAUGCCCAUUACAGUUUCGAGGUUAUAACCACAAAUAAAACCGCAUCAUGUGUUUUACUGUUCUUCUGUGUGAACAUGUCACAAUAACAAAAGGACAGUCCUCUCUUUAAUUGAUUGAUUAAGUCUUAGAUGAAAUUUAACAUGUUCAGAGUGUACAUUUUAAUGAUAUAAAGUUUGUAUUACUUAAACUAUGCAAAAUGUGCAAAAAAUAUGUCAAAUCUUGUCAAAAGCCUCUCAGACAAGUACGGAUCAGUGUUUUUAACAAUGUGAAUGUUUCUUCUCUAAAGUGUUUUAAAAAAGUGUCUUGCAUAAUGUAAUUCGUUUCUGUAUCAAAGUAUAUUUUAUGGAAAGUUGACUGAGGAGAAAAAGUGUGGUAGGAAAAGUUGCACAAGCAGCAGGGAUGACCGUUGAGCAAAGCCAAUUCAAGACCUUGGGAAAGCUUCAUAUGGAAUGGAAUGAGGCUGAAGUCAGUGCAUCAAGAGCCACCAUGCACAGACGUCUUCGGGAAAUGGUCUGCAACUGUUGCAUUCCUAGUAUCAAGAUACUUUAGAGCACUUCAUGCUUCUGUCUCCUGAAAAGCUUUUACAGAGAUGCCAAUUUCCUUCUCCAGCGGGACAUGGCACCUGCCCACAGUGCCAAAACUAACACUAACUGGUUUGCUGACCGUUAUAUCAUUGUGCUUUGGAUAUUGUCAAGCGGAAGAUGAGAAACACCCGACCCGACAAUAUAGACGAACUGAAGGCUGCUAUCGAAGCAACCUGGUCUUCAAUAAACUGCCUCAGCAGUGCCACAGGCUGAUCACCUCCAUGCCACGCUGCACUGAUGCAGUAGUUUGUGCUAAAGGCCAAGUAUUAGGUGCAUAAAUUAACCAAAUUUUUAGAAGUUUGACAUUUCUGUAUUGUAAAUUAUUUAGAUUGAUCUUAGCAAAUGUAAUAUUUUGAGAUACUGGAUUUUUUAUUUUUAUGCGCUGUAAUUAUCAAAAUUAAAACAAUA